AUGGAGGAGGAGAUGAAGAAGAGGGGCAAUCAGUCACAGAAGGAGAGCCAAGGAGCUCUGAGGAAUGGAGCAUGCACGUGGAUGGAGCAUCCAACGAAGGAGGAUCUGGAGCAGGUGAAGAGGGAGUACCAAGCGAGGGGCCCCAAGAUGGCUGCAUACUUGGAAAGGGUAAGAGGCUAUUUGGAACAGUUGGUGGAGUAUAGCAUAGAGCAUAUCCCGAGAGAGAGGAAUACCCAUGUUGAUGCCCUCGCAAAGCUGGCGUCCACCAAAGAUGGGGAUACCCUUGAAUCAGUGCCUGUGGAAUACUUACCAAGGCCAAGCGUUGUUAAUCCAUACGUUCACAUGGUCAGCAUCCCAAAGGAGUCAUGGGCCAACCCGAUUAUAAGCUACCUGAAGGAUGGAGUUGUGCCAACAGACAAGAAGGAGGCUCGAAGGCUAGUUGAUAAGGCCGCCCGAUACACCUUGGUAGAUGGGAUCUUAUAUAAGAGGGGGUUUUCUGUGCCACUCUUGCGAUGUGUUGACGAGGAAGAAGCUGUGAAGGUACUGUAUGAAAUACAUGAGGGUGAAUGCGGCAACCAUGCGAGUGGACCAUCCAUGGCUCAAAAAGCCAUGAGGCAAGGAUAUGGAGUGCCCUACAAGAAAAUUCCUGACAACGGAGCCCAGUUUGAAGGGGAAACGUUCGAGGAGUACUAUAGGGAAAGAGGGAUAAGGAGAAGCUUCUCGGCUGUUGUGCAUCCCCAGGCCAAUGGGCAGGCAAUAAUGUAA